AUGCUUUAUUUGGAUCUGAAGGUGGUUUUUACAGUAGUCGCUUUGCUGAUUGCAACAGCGAUAAUUGCAUGCAAAGUCAUUGUCGAAACCAAAAGAGAUUUGCAUCCAAUCGCAUUAGGUGAACAAGCCAAUGUUGGACCGACGCGAAAAGAGAAUGAAACUGCUAUUUAUCGUAACUUCACGGUGCCGCCAGGGUUUCCUUUGACCACUGGAAUGGGUCUCAGCAUGGGCUACAGGCUCAGGAACGGUAACUUCGGCGACAUCUGGUCCAGCAUUAUGAGUCUAUCUAAUGAAAACUACGUUGAAAUUGAUAAUCAAAAACACUCUUUAGGCGAGCUGAAUGCAAUUGCGAAACACUUGUGCCAUACUUUGAUGCCUGAAAAUGAAACUGGUCGUCUCGGUAUUUCCAGCUCAGUAUACAAAUAUCCCGGUUUUGCUCUCACAAUUGCAGGCUUUAUGGGCUCACUCAGAGGUCUCGUUCCCGUCAUUUUGCAUUCAGUACCUCGCUCGAAGCAGAAUCUGGAUGCUUUAGCCAUAGAAUCAUGGGAUACUUUCCAUCAAAUGAAUGGCAGUCACGAAUGGUACAAAAUGGUUAUAGUGUGCAAUUCGACAAAAGGUCAACGUCCAAAUGCACAAUUGAACAAUGUUGUGACUUGGGAAGAGUUGAUCUCUGAGUUGGAAGAAGAUCAACAAUUCGAGUAUGCUCCUCCAAAAGACAACAGUCACGAUUCAAAAGUCAUUUUCUUAAGCUCCUCACCUUAUGGGUUUUACUCCAGCUUUACUCAUAUGGCGUUGGUCAGUAGUAUUGCUGCUUAUAUCAAGUCUUUUCCUAUGGACAACGAGUUGAGCGGCAAAGACCACCUUAGCAUUGUCGUUGAAGAAAAAACAGAUUCUUACGACCCUACUCAAAUUAUGCCCAAGUUACUUGCUACACUGCUACACGGUGGAUCAGCUUCCAUCCUGUCUCCACCAAGUGGGCAACAACUUGAUCAAUGCAUGAACAAGAGCACAACGCUACUUCAAAUUGCACAAAAUUCCCCUUUACUUGACUCUCUGUUGGAUCAGUCAUGGAACUUGCCGCAGAGGUUAAAGUUAGCAUGGGCAUCAAACUUGUUGAGUGAAGGGGUUUUCACUUCUUCUGCUCUUGCAUGGCCCUCGCUAAAAAACCUAAGAUGCGUCUACCUCGCAGAUCAGGUAAAAGACGUCAAGUCGGUGAUCACAAUGCAUUUCACUACAAUUAACUCGGACCAUGCACCUAAAAAGUCGCGCUCGACAGAAACAUUGAAUCGCAUGCGCGCGUUGCUAGGCUCGAGAGUUGUGGUGGAACUGUACAGUCCUUACGUGGUCUUAGGGCCAAUAGCGAGUACUAAUUUCUUCGAUUAUAGGGUGUUUCCAUCACAAGUAGAUUCCAAACUAACAAAGUAUGGGCCAAUUUGUACUUCGCUAGAGGCCAAGCUUGUGAAAGCCGAAAAUAGCCCACAGUACUUGGUUACUGACCGCCAAGGAAUGUUGUGUAUACGAGGGUUCACGAUUGGUAGACCAGUCGAAGAACACCGUCAAAAGACAGCAUUUGAGAUAGUUGAAAAAUUCGACGGAGGAGAAGGGUGGAUGCCUAUGGUUGGGGUCUUCUGUUUAUGGGGUAAAGACGGAUGUCUUUACGAGUUUAAGUAG